AUGGAAAGACUUCCUACCCCAAAAGGCGUAGUAACCGAACUCUCAGUGAGCGACCUCGUUGCUAUAACCUGGGCAGGAGCAGGGCUGGGGAUACUCUUUACGUCUGCUCGCAUCGCUGUCCGAAUCGUGUAUAUGAAGCGUCUACUAGCAGAUGACUACUUCAUGCUACUCGCCUUGACAUUUUUGAUAACGAACGCAAUUUUACAAACCCUUCAGGCACCACAUCUCUAUUAUAUGGUCCUCAACACAACAGGGCCAGAUAUUGUCCACCAUGGACUUCGCUACACCUUUUACGAGUUUGCGAUCAUUGGGAUCUUUUGGUCCGUCUUAUGGAGCGUAAAAGCCUCCUUCCUGGCGCUAUUCUGGAUGAUCUCUAAUGGGCUACCCCGGUACCGACGGGUCUGGUGGGCGACUGUUGUGUUCGCAGCCCUAGCAUACAUCGGAUGCUGGGUUGCGUCGGUGUACACCUGUCAUCCGCCAUCCAAUUACUUUAAGUUUGGUAGAAAAUCUUUCAUCUUUUUGAAUUUCUGUUUGUCUAACGAUUCGUAG